UCGUCAUGCACUCAGCUGCAGGAACAACUCAAGAGUCUUAAAGGUCUUUGCAAAGAUGCAUGUGCUGCUUCUCAAAGAGCCAAGAGAUGGAGAGUCUGGACCUGAUCCUUACAUUAAGGAGCUGGCAUCACAUGGACACAAAGCAACCCUAAUUCCUGUGCUGUCUUUUAAGUUCGUCUCAUUAAACACCUUGACAGAUAUGCUUUUCCAACCAGAAAAACACGGAGGUCUUAUAUUUACCAGUCCAAGAGCGGUGGAGGCUGUGAAGAUGUGCUUAGAAGCAGAAGAAAGAAGGGAAGAAUGGAUCACUUCUGUGAAAGACAAAUGGAACAGCAAGUCCAUCUAUGUGGUUGGGAAGGCAACUGCUGCAUUAGUACAGAAUCUGGGUCUGAACCCUUUGGGCGAGGACACGGGGACAGCAGAUGUCCUAUCACGUCUUAUCAUUGAACGAGAGGACACAAAUAUCCCACCACUUUUUUUCCCCUGUGGCUCAAUCAAAAGAGAAGUCUUGCCGACGGCGUUAAGGGAAAAUGGAGUGCCCCUCGAGACGCUGACUGUCUAUCAAACAGCUGAACAUCCAGAUCUGGAGAAGAAUCUGAAGAACUAUUUCACAGAGCAGGGCGUUCCAGCCAGCAUAUCUUUCUUCAGCCCAUCAGGAGUGAAGUUUUGUCUGGAAGUAGUGCGGAGGCUGUCAGGGGAACAGCUGACUCAAAUAAAAUUUGCAGCCAUAGGGCCUACGACACAAGACGCCAUGACAGCAGAAGGCCUGUGCGUCAGCUGUGCUGCAGAAAAGCCAACAGCUGAACACCUGGCAGCAGCGAUAGCCAAAGCUCUACAGUAACCACCUCUUAAAUCCAUCCACUCUUC